AUUUUGAAAGACAAAGACAAUGCAUUCAGUAGGAAGACUUUGCUUACGUUGAGGGAAAUGACGUAAAUCAAAAUAUAUAAAAUAAGUUUUUUUGAAUAUCUAGUGCAUUAAUCAUUAUAAUUUAAGUGAAGAAUUAAAAAAAAUAAUAAAAAACUAUUUUGUGACAAUUGAAUACAUUUAAGCUGAAAACACUGAUUGAAAUGAGAUAUACCGUAUCUUGUCAGAAAGAUUUCUCAAAAUAUUUUUUUCACUAGAAAAAAUACUGGGAGAAUCAAUUUAAUUAUUAUUUUCAACGUUUUUCAUCUAUAUAAAUCAGGAAUGAUCAAGAAAAUGACUCUUCACUUGUAGUGAGAUGCAAUAAUACUGUUGCUGAAAAUCAAAUGUAUUUGGUUGGUAAUUCUGUAAUAGUCAUCAUCCUAUCUUUCGUGGUUUUGCCCUGUCGCGUGGUACAUCGUUAAUCAUGGCUGAAGGUACUGCUACUAUCAAGACGAGAAAGUUUAUGACAAAUCGUCUGCUAUGUCGGAAACAAAUGGUUGUAGACGCGCUACACCCGGGCCAGUCGUCGGUGAAGAAGACUGAGAUCAGAGAGAAACUGGCCAAGAUGUACAACGUGACGCCCGACGUUGUGUUCUGCUUCGGGUUCCGGACGGCGUUUGGAGGCGGCAAGUCAGUUGGAUUCGCGCUCAUCUACGACACACUCGACUUCGCCAAGAAGUUCGAACCCAAACACAGGCUAGCCAGGCAUGGUCUCUACAAGAAGGAGAAACAGACAAGGAAACAGCGUAAGGAACGUAAGAACAGAAUGAAGAAAGUCAGAGGCACCAAGAAGUCGAAAGUGGGUGCAGCGGCCGGCAAGAAGGCAAAGAAGUGAGCACAAGUUUGCUUCUUUUUUCUCCAAAUUAAUGAUUCUGGAACAUCUAAUGGUUUUGUAAUCGUGUGUUGGAGAAGAGUGACUGUCGGCUCCAGCUGAAUAAUAUUUUAUUGUUAUUUUUCACAAUGGACUCUUAUCCAGUUGGGUUGUACAGUUGUUUGUUCUUUAUAAUAAAAACUUAAACUUCA